UGAAGAUAGCGGGGAAACGAUAGACACGCGUUACACGCAGCUAAAUCUGACGAUUCAACGUCUAAUGCGAUUCGGAUCUUCCUAAGAAGGCGACUCUUUUUGUUCCAUCUCCAGUAUCGAAGAUUCGAAGUUGGUCGGUUGUACCGAGGAAGGACGUUGCAUGUCGUACGUUCGACGAUUUUCAACGUCCACCAUCGAUGUAAAAAACAUCUGCGCUCAUUGGAACGUGGAAGGGAGAACAUGGCCACCGCCUGGUGACGUUCCUUCGUUUGCUGCGAUAUCAAAUGCUGCGAAAAACAUCUGGUGCACCUUAUCGCUGCCGUUAACAAUAAUUUCACGUUCGACGAUCGAACACGAUAUUCUUUUCUGUGAAUAGUGCAACGAAUGUGAUAAUGAACAUGUGGAAAGUGCGGGAGUUUAUGGAUAAGGCGACUAAUGUGGUAAUGAACUAUACCGAAACCGAAGCCAAAGUACGAGAAGCAACAAACGAUGACGCAUGGGGACCUACUGGUGCAAUGAUGCAAGAACUGGCUCAGGCAACAUUCACAUACGAACAAUUCCCCGAUGUAAUGUCCAUGUUGUGGAAAAGGAUGUUGCAAGAAAAUAAACGAAAUUGGCGUCGAACAUACAAGUCCUUACUUCUCUUGAAUUAUUUGGUACGUAAUGGAUCCGAACGAGUCGUAACAUCCUCCAGAGAACAUAUCUACGAUUUACGAUCAUUAGAGAACUACACUUGCAUCGAUGAAUUUGGAAAGGAUCAAGGAAUAAACAUCAGGCAUAAAGUUCGAGAGUUAAUCGAUUUCAUUCAGGAUGAUGACAAAUUAAAGGAAGAACGUAAGAAAGCGAAGAAAAACAAAGAUAAAUAUGUUGGCUUAUCGAGCGAGGCAAUGGGUAUGAGAUUUGGGGGUGGAGAUAGGUGGACGGAAAGUCCUAAAUGGAACAAAUCUAGCACAGAUAAUUACAAUGAUUGGGAUAGAGAUAAUCGUGGAAAAGGUUUUGAAGAUGCGAACAAUAGCGACGAUGGCGAAAGGGAAGACUCGGACAAUGACACACAUCCUAGUCCAAAAAGAGGCAAUAGGGAAUAUAGGGACACGAUGGAAAGUAUAGAUCGAAUUGGUAAAACCAUUCCGGGAUCCAUAUCCUCGGUGAAUGCAUCACCUGCACGAAUAACGCGCAGUCUCAAAAAAGUUGAUUUAGGCGCAGCAGCGAAUUAUGGAAAAGAGCAGUCCAAUGCAUUCUCUUCUCCUGCUAAUCAUCAGAAGAAUAAGAAUGACAUUUUAAAUGACAUCUUUGAUUCUCAAAAUGAUAAUAAUACAAAGUCUACCAUCGACGACGAUGAUUUCAAUCCGAGAGGAAAUCAUUCGCAACCUGCUAAUCUUGAUUUUGGCGAUUUUGCCAGUGCAUUCGGUAGUCCUACAGUUAAAAUGAAAGAAAACGAUGAAUUUGCUGAUUUUACAUCGGCUUUUAGUUCUGGUGUUACUUCUCCUAAUAAUUCAUCUGUUCAAUCGCAUGCAUCGCAAAAUCAGUUAUCUUUUAUGGGAACCACGAUACCAAACACUAGCAAUACAAUGACAAAUAAUCUAAAUAAUACUAUGAUUUCUAAUGCUUCAGCAACUGCUUUUAAAAUGAUAAAUCCAAAUAGUAUUCAAACACAAAAAAAUAAUGUUGGUAAUAAUUUGUUCGAUUCUUUGCAACCACAAGCACCCAAUAACGAAGCAAUAUUGAACAAUAAUACAGUAUCCUCAAAUACUGAUUUAUUGUCAGAUCUUGGAAAUUUCAAUUCUUUAUCAAUCGGAUCAGGGGAUAAAAGAGAAAAUAAUACCAACAACUCUAACUUGUUCAAUACCUCCUCUACUCCUACCGUUUUGGGCGAUUUUGGAAUAGGAACAAUUGGACUAUCAUCUGUUACAAAUCUACUCACACCUUCAUCUGUUAAUGCCAAGAAUCCAGCACCAAAUAAUAUGUCUUCCUCGCAAAUUGGCUCAACAUGGGCUGGCUCAGGAUUGAAUAUAGAUCUUGAUAAUAUAAUGGGUAGUAAAUCAAAACAAUCUGGACCAGCACCAACUAUGAAUCAACUUGCUAGUACUAGCCCACAGCAUCAAAUUAAACCUGCAGUAGCACCAACAGUAGGAUAUACAUCACCUAUGAUUCAAUCCCAAACACAACAACAACAACAACAACAACAACAAGCAAAUUCAGUAUUCUUUUCUGCGUUUCAAUGAGACGCAUUAAAUAAUUUUAAUUAGACAACAAUAAAAUUUUUAAAUAUGCAUAUAUAAAAACCUGUAAUUAUGACAGUCAGUACUUGGAAGAGACGAUCUAUUUAUUUAAUGUAAUUGAAAAAGAACUUUCUAUUUUCUUGACAAAAUGUAGUCUCUAGUGUAUACAGGAUUUACUUCAAUCUGUUCUCCAUAAUUCAGGUCAAUAUUGUUGUCGGAAGCGGAAUGGUGAAUUAAUUGUGUAUCGUGGAGUAAUGUGUUCAUGAACAAUCCAAAUAAGAAUGAACAUCACAAAUCUCUGUAAGCUGAGUGCUACUAAAUACAAAACUAUUAUUUACUGAAAGAUUUGUCAGUAUAUAGAAUAAGUAUUGCAAUAAUAUAUGAAUAAUAUGCUCGUCAUAAGAAAUACGAGUUUGAUGAUUCAGCAGGACAUAAGGUUUUUUAAUCAUUAAAAAAUUAAGAGGUGAGAUUUUGUUUACAUAUAUACUUGAAGGCAGCUUCAUAUAAUAUAUAUUAGCAUAAUUACAAGUGUUUACUCAUUAUAAUGAGGUAGAGUAACAUGGAUUGCAUGGGAGCAAGUCAGGAAAGGAUUUGUGUUAAAUUUUUAUAUAUAAUAUAAAUCGGAAUUUUUCAAAGAAAAUUCAGCCUUAUAUGUACAGUAACGAUUUAUGGAAAGUUCGAAGGAAAGUGUAAUAUUUCUCUAUGAAGAAAAUUCAUCUGCUAACAAUGUCAUUAGCAGUCAAAAGAAAUGUAUGAAUGCCCCUUCAAAAAUUAAUAAAAAAUGACAUGAUAGUAAGAAUAGAAAUUGCAUUUACUGUAGUUAAAAAACCGUAUCAAAAAUGUAUCGAUUUUAUAUUCCUUAUGAUUAUAUUUGUGUACACAAAAGAUAGAGAUUGCUGUAGUACGACAUACUAUGUCAACAGUGCGUGCUUCCCUAACAAUAACUUUUCAGUGAAUAUAAAUUUUUAAAUUUUGUAUUUUAAAAUGCUAAACAUAUGAGUAUAGAAAAUUAUGGAGUCUGAUUGUUCAAGUUUCACUAGCUAAUUUAUUAAUCAAAAGGAGGCACAAAAAAAAUACCUGUAUUAUGUCUUAUUUUAAGUUUUUUAAUCACUGCAGAUAUCAUACAAUAUCAUGCACAUAUAAUUACAAUUUAUUGUAUAUCAAUAUAUGUCUACUUAAGUACAUUGCAAUCAAUUUGAAAAGUGUUUGUAAGAUAGUAACACAAAUUUAAUUUGUUUAGUUAUACAGUAUCAUUACUAAAAGAAUGCAUAUCUUUUAAAAUAAUUGUGUAUCAUAUGUAUCUAAUAUAUAUGAUACAUGUGCAUAUAAUUAUAUAUGGACUAGCUAAGCAAUGAAGAUAAUUAUUAGUAAUUAAAUUGUUAAGUUUAUAAGUGAAAAAAAUGUCUAAGUAUAUUAUAUUUCAAUUAUAAAUAAUUCAACUUAUUUUUGUUGCUAAAUUCUAAAAUUUUUAUAGUAAUUUGUUCAAGAAAAAGACUAUGUUAAUAAUAAUAAAAGAAUUUGUUAAUAACAUCAUAUUUGCGGAAAUUUAUAUAAGUUUCAUGCUUUUAUUUUGCAUGUUAUAAUUGACUUGUAAAAAGACUUGUAAAAAACAAAUGUUAUUGAACAAACAUUAAUGCAGUAAAUGUUUCCACUACUUUGGUUCAUAAAUCUAUAUGAAAUGAGACAGCUGAACUUAACAGAAAACUUUAGAUUUUACAAUAAUUUGAUCAUCACAUCAGUGAUACAUUUGUACUCAAUUUAAAUAUUUGUUUCUUAUACAUUCAGUAUAGUAAAUAUACUGAUGACUGUUGAAUGCUAAGAAUGUGAAUGCAUGUUUAUUCAAUUUAUAAAUAUAUCCGGUUCGCUUGUUUGUUGAAUUUUUUAAUGAAUGAUUAUAAAUAAUUUGAUAUAAAUUACACAUUGUAUCAUAAAAUUUUGUUACAUGAAUAUCGUCAGUAAUUUUAUUUCAAAUUAUUAAAUGUAAAAUAAAUUGUUGAAUAAGUUAAUUUAUUCAAUAAUUGUAAUGUAUGAGGAGAAAAUUAUUGAGAUAUCCAAGUUGAUUUUAUGUAAUAUUAUAAACCUCGAAGAUAUUUUACACAGAUUUUUACACGAUCAGAGACUGAAUGCUGUAAAGGAAGUACAUCGAAGUUGCCCUUUACAUUUUCCAUUAUUUGAGCAUUUUAUAUAAAGUAAUACGAAUAAUGCAAAGGGGUAUAUAUUUUUAAAGUGUUACGAUAGAAAAUAUAUAUUGUACAAAUAUAAAUGAUUAUAAAUAUUAUAAAUAUAAAAACUUCAUGCAAAGAUUAGAACAGGCACAAAUGUAUUGUAGAAUUUCAGAGGCCUUUUUAGAGAGUCAAACUAGAUUAAAGCUAAAAUCAGAUUAUUAGUAAAUAAUUAUAAUUUUUUUAUAUAUAUAUGUUAGAAUGGGAAUGUACAGCUGUCAUCUAUUCCAAUAAAUAACAAAUCUAAUAAAAUGUAAAACUCAAGUUAAAUGUAAAAUUAUAUAGGUAGGAUAUUAAAUGUCAUAGUUUUUACUUUGUUUAAGUAUAUACCAAAUCAUUGCGCUUUCAUUCUAAGCAAUAGCUUGUUAAUUAUAUGCACUGCAAAUGUACUUAUUACAGACCAGUAAUUUCAUGCAUAUGAUGUAACAGCUUUGAAAUCUAUAUUUUCUUACAAAAAUAUAGUGCAUGUCACAGUUCGAAAAAUAUAAUUUCAAAUUUAGUAAUUUAUAUCUCAUUGUAAUAAAUAUUUGGAAAAAUCAUACUAGUACAUAUCAACAUUUAAAUGGAUAUUUUUAAAAUUAUGCACUAGAAUAAAUAUAUGUAUAACUUUCAAUGCAGCAAUAUGGCAUGGUUUUACUUGUAUCAUUCCUUUUUAUAGUAAUUCAGAAUAGUGAUGUUAUUUGUGACAUACAAAUGCAUUUGAUAACAAAUGAAUAAUUUAGGCAUUUUUGACUGAAUUUUAUUUAGUAUAGAUCCUAUAAUUGUAACUUGAUUCAGGUAUUUACAUAUACAUCACAAUUUUAUCGUUAUUAAAUGCUCACUGGUGCUGGUGUUAAUAUAAAAAUUA